AUGGCGGCUGAUAUGAGGUUGCCUACUGCAGGAGAACAAAUUUCAUCGUCUUCUCUUUCGUUGUUAGAUGGAAAACAUCUAGUCGUUCCAGGAGAUGUUAUCACAUCUGACACGGGGUUUAUGCGGGGUCAUGGAACCUAUAUGGAUGAAGAGAAGCUUACAGCCUCAGUGGCAGGGGAGGUGGAAAGGGUCAACAAAUUGAUAUGUGUGCGUCCACUUAAAACUAGGUUCAAUGGUGAAGUUGGUGAUGUUGUAGUUGGUAGGAUCACAGAGGUUCAGCAAAAACGAUGGAAAGUAGAAACCAACUCCCGUCUGGAUUCUGUGCUGCUGUUGUCCUCUGUCAAUCUUCCGGGAGGAGAGCUGAGGAGGAGAUCAGCAGAGGAUGAACUGAGCAUGAGAGACUACUUACAAGAGGGCGAUCUCAUCAGCGCAGAAGUACAGUCUGUUUUUGCAGAUGGGGCUCUUUCUUUACACACUCGCAGCUUAAAGUAUGGAAAGCUGGGACAAGGGGUGUUAGUUCUUGUGUCACCCUCUUUGGUGAAGAGACAGAAAACUCAUUUUCACAACUUGCCAUGUGGGGCUUCCAUCAUUCUGGGGAGCAAUGGUUAUAUAUGGCUGUACCCUACUCCAGGACAGCAGGAUGAAGAAGCAGGAGGAUAUUACACAAGCAUGGAGCCUGUGCCACUCUCAGAUCGAGAGGUUAUCUCUCGGUUAAGGAACUGCUUGUUGGUCCUGGCUGCCCACAAAAUACUGCUUUACGAUACCAGUGUGCUCUACUGCUUUGAAUCCUCCCUCUCACACCAGAUCAAAGAUAUCCUAAAGCCAGAAGUGAUGGAUGAAAUUGUGAUGAAGACUCGGCAGCGACUGAUGGAGCAGGAGGGUUAAAGAUCAAGUCACUUUUAGCAUAUGAAAUCAUUCCAAGAAAAGGACUGUCUUUUCAUACCAAAAUUAGGUAUGAACAGCCAAGAUUAACAUUAGAACACCCUAAACACUGUAAAAGGGUGGGUAGACCUCUUCAUUCUUUUUUUCCCCCCACUUAAGAUUCAAGUUCAGCUGGUGCUGUGCUCAUUAUAAUAUAAAACCUGUCUUUGUCUGACAUUGUGAUGAGCUUUGACAGUUCUGCUUUUUAACCAUAUUGUGAAUAUUCUGUUCUGAUAAAGCUUCCUCUGGGAUACAUUUUGAGUAUAUCUGAAUCAACAAAUACAACCAUUUUGCCAUAAAUUAUCUGGAAAUUAUAACAUUUUGAC